GGACUUCGUUCUUUGGGCUAUCCAAUUUGGGGAUCCUUCAAUUGGACUUUACUCCUUGGGCUGUUCGAUUUGGACUGAAUUUUUAUGUGUCAACGAAUCCUAAUCCAAUUCCAUUCGACGAAAAAUCAUCUUUCUCCGUUCUUCUCUUUUCCUCCAAAAGUUCUGAAUUUCUUUCAAGAUGCAAAUCUUCGUGAAAACUCUAACUGGCAAGACCAUCACCCUUGAGGUCGAGAGCUCUGACACUAUUGAUAAUGUCAAGACCAAGAUCCAGGACAAGGAGGGUAUUCCCCCGGACCAGCAGAGGUUGAUUUUUGCUGGCAAGCAGCUCGAGGAUGGCCGCACCCUUGCUGAUUACAACAUUCAAAAAGAGAGCACUCUUCACUUAGUGCUCAGGCUGAGAGGAGGAAUGCAGAUUUUUGUUAAGACCCUCACUGGAAAGACUAUUACCCUUGAGGUGGAAAGCUCUGACACCAUUGACAAUGUCAAGUCCAAGAUCCAAGACAAGGAAGGUAUUCCUCCAGACCAACAGAGGCUAAUUUUUGCUGGGAAACAACUUGAGGAUGGCCGGACUUUGGCAGACUACAAUAUUCAGAAGGAAGCAACACUUCACUUAGUGCUAAGACUUCGUGGUGGCAUGCAGAUUUUUGUCAAGACUCUCACAGGGAAGACAAUUACCCUUGAAGUUGAGAGCUCAGAUACCAUUGACAAUGUCAAGGCAAAAAUUCAGGAUAAGGAGGGCAUCCCACCGGAUCAGCAGAGGCUGAUCUUUGCUGGUAAGCAGCUUGAGGAUGGUCGUACCUUGGCAGAUUACAACAUUCAGAAGGAGUCGACUCUGCACUUGGUACUGAGGUUGAGGGGAGGGAUGCAGAUAUUUGUUAAGACCCUGACUGGAAAGACCAUCACUUUGGAGGUGGAGAGCUCCGAUACCAUUGACAAUGUGAAGGCUAAGAUCCAGGACAAAGAGGGAAUCCCCCCAGACCAACAGAGGUUGAUCUUUGCUGGGAAGCAGUUGGAGGAUGGAAGGACACUCGCUGACUACAACAUCCAGAAGGAGUCCACCCUUCACCUUGUCCUCCGCCUCCGUGGUGGUUUCUGAAUGUUAUGUUGCUAAUGGACUGCUAGUUGUUUGUUUCUCAUUUUUCCCUGGUCUUGUCUGUUCUGCUUUCUUGGUCUACUACUUUUCUGUGGACUGUUCUGCUCUUCAUUUUCAAUAGCCUCUAGCAUUAGUUCUUAAAACAGUGAAAGUCUAAUGGGUUCCCCAAUUAUCAAUAAAUCUGGUAUUUGCGCCAUCUUGAAUA